AUGAAUCUGAAGGAUAACCUGACCUAUGAGUUUCACCUGACAGCAUUUUCCAAUUCGACCGAAAAUCACAUAUUACUUUUCUUUAUUUUUUUAAUGAUCUACUUGACUGGAGUGUUGGGAAACACCAUUAUCAUUACCUCUGUGAUUAUCGAUACCCAUCUACAUACCCCCAUGUACAUUCUCCUUUGCAACUUAUCAUCAGUAGACCUAAUAUUCAACUCAUCCACCAUCCCAAAACUUAUGGACAUUUUACUCUCUGGGAAGGACUCAAUAUCCUUUGUACAAUGCUUCAUUCAACUAUUCUUUUACAUGUUUGCGGCUAGCACAGAAGACAUGUUGUUGUCUUUGAUGGCCUAUGACCGAUAUGUGGCUGUCUGUAAACCCUUACAUUACCACAUGAUCAUGCAUAAGAAGAAGUAUAUCCUUUUCUUACUGGGCAUUUGGAUAUCAGGAUGUGCCAACUCUUUAUUUCUGACCUUCUCAAUCUACCAUUUGGAUCUAUGUCCUUCUAAUAAGAUACAACAUUUCUUCUGUGAUAUUAAGGCUUUGGCGAAGAUAACUUGUAGUCAUACCCAAUUUUACAUCCUACUAUACCUUGAAAGUGUGAUUCUUGGACUCUUUCCAUUUUUGCUCAGCUUAACAUCCUAUAUUAAGAUCAUUCUUAUCAUCCUAAGCAUCAGGUCUGCCAGUGGUAGAUGGAAGGCAUUCUCCACAUGCACAUCCCACCUGGUUGUGUUAAUCCUUUUCUAUGGUGUGGCCUUAUGUAUGUAUGUGAAGCCUCCUUCAGGACACUAUGAGAAGCAAGACUUGGUGUUUUCCAUAAUGUACACCGCAGUAACUCCAAUGUUAAAUCCAUUAAUUUACACUCUAAGAAAUAAAGAGGUGAAGACAGCACUAUCAAGGAUCUUUAAAAUAAACAAGAAAAACCUUGCUUAA